AUGUGCGGAGGGUUGGAGCGGCAGGCAGCAGCCCUUAGCCCAGCUGAGGGACGUGCGGAGGAGGAGCAGAGAGGGGGCAAGAGGGGACCUCUUGGGUCUCUUACCCCUCUCCUCAUCCCAACUCUAGAAAACCCUUUCCCUCCCCUCCUGCUCCCCUGCCAGUUGGAGCGGCAGGCAGCAGCAGCCUUAGCCCAGCUGAGGGACGUGCGGAGGAGGAGCAGAGAGGGGGCAAGAGGGGACCUCUUGGUUGGAGCGGCAGGCAGCAGCAGCCUUAGCCCAGCUGAGGGACGUGCGGAGGAGGAGCAGAGAGGGGGCAAGAGGGGACCUCUUGGGUCUCUUACCCCUCUCCUCAUCCCAACUCUAGAAAACCCUUUCCCUCCCCUCCUGCUCCCCUGCCAGUUGGAGCGGCAGGCAGCAGCAGCCUUAGCCCAGCUGAGGGACGUGCGGAGGAGGAGCAGAGAGGGGGCAAGAGGGGACCUCUUGGUUGGAGCGGCAGGCAGCAGCAGCCUUAGCCCAGCUGAGGGACGUGCGGAGGAGGAGCAGAGAGGGGGCAAGAGGGGACCUCUUGGGUCUCUUACCCCUCUCCUCAUCCCAACUCUAGAAAACCCUUUCCCUCCCCUCCUGCUCCCCUGCCAGUUGGAGCGGCAGGCAGCAGCAGCCUUAGCCCAGCUGAGGGACGUGCGGAGGAGGAGCAGCAAAUUGGAGCGGCAGGCAGCAGCAUUGGCCCACCUGAGGGACUUGGAGCGGCAGGCAGCAGCAUUGGCUCAGCUGAGGGACGUUCGGAGGAGGAGCAGGGGACCAGGAGGGAAGGAACAGCAGCAGCAGGUGCAUCGUCAGGAGCAAAAGAAGCAACAGCAGCAGCAGCAAACCCACCAGAACCAGCAGCAGCAGCAGCAGCAGAAACAGGGUCACCAGCAGCAGCAGCAGCAGCAGCAGCAGCAGCAGCAGCAGCAGCAGCAGCAGGAGCAGGCUCACGAGCAACAUAUGAAUGCUGUGAUAGCAGCAGCAGCAGCGGGGGGGGGAGGGGGUAUUGCUGGGGGAGUGGGGCUGGGGGGGCUAGGCAUGGGGGGGGUGAAGCGGGCAGUGAGGGAGGAGGGGGAAAGGGUGGCGAGGCUGAGAGCAAAGAGGAUUGCUGAUAUGCUGCAGCGAGCAGGCAGCAUCGUGAAGCAGGUGAGCGGUGCUGUGCGCUGGGGAAGUGUGGGGCAUGGGGGAGUGAAGCGGGCAGUGGGGGAGGAGGGGGGGAGGGUGGCGAGGGUGAGAGCAAAGAGAAUGGCUGACAUGCUGCAGCGAGCAGGCAGCAUCGUUAAGCAGCGCGCAGGCAGCAUUGUGAAGCAGGUGAGCGGUGCUGUGCGUUGCUGUGUGGUGCUGAGGGUUGCUGUCUCGUGCUGUGCGGUGCUGAUGGGUGGUGAGGCGAGAGGGGGCUACGUACGGGGGUGGAUGAAUCCGGCAGUGAGGGAGGAGGGGGGGAGGGUGGCGAGGGUGAGAGCAAAGAGAAUGGCUGACAUGCUGCAGCGAGCAGGCAGCAUCGUGAAGCAGCGAGCAGGCAGCAUCGUGAAGCAGGUGAGCGGUGCUCUGCGGUACUUUGUGGUGCUGUGCGGUUCCCAUGUCCCUCUGCCCCUCUUAUGCCAUCUCACCCGUUCCUACGUGGCAGCUACUAAAGCACAGCUUCUGAAGCACAGGUUCGGGUGGGUGUUUGCCGAGCCUGUGGACGCGGAAAGUUUAGGUCUGCCCGACUACCAUGAAAUCAUCAGCGAACCCAUGGACCUGGGCACCAUCCGCUCCCACCUCGUCCAAUCACUCGCUGCCACGCGUGCGGACGGGGCAAGUGAGGGAAAAUUGGGAGAAGAGGCGAAAGAAGCAGCAGGAGAAGCAGAAACUACUGCUGGUGCAGCCGGCGCAUCUGAUGCUGCUGCUGCUGCAUCGCAGCCCCCUCAUUAUAGUCACGUGACAGAGGUGGCCAGGGACGUGCGGCUGGUGUUUGCUAAUGCCAUGAAGUACAAUGGACCGGGAUCAGAGGUAUACCUCAUGGCCCAGGCUCUCUCGGACCGAUUCGAGGAGAAGUGGCAAGCUGUGAUGCUGCCGAGAAUACAAGAGGAGGAGAAGAGAAGGCGCACGGAGGAGGAGCAGCUGCAGGCAUUUGAGAGUCGGGUGAAGGCAGAGGCGGAGGAAGCAGCAAUGGACGGUCGUGCGAGACAGAUAGCCGCUGAGACCCAUGACACACCCAUGACACCAGAGGAAGUAAGGCGGCUGGGCAGGGGAAUGCGACAACCCAUGACACCAGAGGAGGUGCGGAGGCUGGGACGGGGCAUGCGACGGUUAAAGCCCAACGCCAUGGCGAGGCUGCUCGAGAUUAUUGAGGAACAGGAGGAACGGGAGGAACGGGAGGAGAGGGAGAGGGAGGAGAGGGAGAGGGAUGAGAGGGAGAGGGAAGAAAGGGAGGGAGCGAGGGAAGAGGAGACGAGGGGAAGGGAGGGUGCAGAGAAGGAUAGGGAGGAGAAAGGGGGAGAGGGAAGGGGAACACAGGAUAAGGGAGGAGCGGAGACAGGGGGAGAGGAUAAAAAGGGAGAGGAGAGGGGGGGAGAGAGGGAGAUGAAACCUGAGCAACCGCAAGGCGUUUCUAAGUUAGGAGAGAAAGGUGAUGUAGAGUGUAAGGGUGACCUAGAGGAGGGGAUGUGUGUGGGUGUGGCAGAUGGCAAAGUUACUGAUUAUGACAGCGCUGCUGUUCAUGGAAGAGGUAGCAACCAUGGCUGUGGCACUGUUCAUGAGGGGAUGGUGGAAGAUGGCAUGAUUGAUUGCACGAUGGGUGGUGAUUCGGAAGCUGGCAAUCUGGAAGCAGACUUGGGAGUCAUAGGAGGAGCAGGAGCAGGAGCAGCAGUACGAGGAACAGCAGGAGCAGCAUCCGCAGCAGAUGCAACAGCGAAAGCAGGAGUAGGAGGAGCAACCGGCGCGGGGGACAGAGCAGCAGCAAGGGGUGGGCAAGGGGAGGAGUGUGGGAGGGGUGGUCAAUCGGGCAUAGGUGAACGAGCAACAAGAGCAGGCGGUGGAGCAACAAGAGCAGGCGGUGGAGCAGCAGUGAGAGCAGCGCGGGGGGCACGGCGAAUAAGGGACUCAGACUUAACCAUAGACCUUGAUGACCUGGUGAGUGAGUGCAGUAGUAAGGAGGUGAGUCUUGAGUCGACUCAAAGGUCACAUCGAGGGACUCAGACCUCACCAUAG